AUGGCGCAGCAGCGGGGAGUGAGGACGGGGGCGGAAGUCCCUGCCGAGACGCUGCCCACCGUGCCCUCCCGCACCUGGCCCUGCAACUUUCGUGACUUCAUGCGGCUGAGGGCGGCAGCCCAGAGCCCGCACCGCUCGGCUUGCUGCCUGCCAAUGCUGAGCCCCGUGAGCCUGCCAGCCAGCAUCUGGUAUGGCAUCACCAACUUCCUCGACCUGACAUACACCGCGUUUGUGGUGGCCUUGUCCCUGGCAUUCAACAACAACCAAGGCUUCGACACAUCAUGGCUAGGCAUCAUGGACAUCAUUGGCAGCAUCAUCUACGUGGCUGAUCUCAUCAUGGGCUUCCACAUUGGGGUGGUCGCCAAAUGGGAGGGCCGCGCAGUCACCACGGGACUCGGCGGCACGGCGUUUGGGCCCAAGCUUGCUGCCGCCGCCGCCGCGCUGCCCCCCGGGCACGGCGGCGGCGGCGGCACGCUGCGACGCCCCCGUGCUGCCGAGCUGCGGCCGUAG